AUGUCGGGAGGCAACGUUACCGUGGCGUCCACGGUGCUCGGCACGAUUGGUACGGUCCUGUGGUGUAUCCAACUGAUUCCGCAGAUAUGGUACAAUUAUCGACGGAAGAAGACUGAUGGAUUCCCGGCGGCGAUGAUGUUUCUAUGGGCCGGUUGUUCUGUCCCGAUGGGUGCGUAUUUUAUUUUACAGCAAGUCAACAUACCGCUACAAGUCCAGCCACAAAUCUUCGGCUUCUUUUCUCUCGUCAGCUGGGGUCAGAUCCUGUACUAUAAUCACAAUUAUAGCCGAUUAAAGGCAACGCUGGUCUGCUCUGCAUUUAUUGUGUUAUUCGCUGGACUCGAGGUUCUUCUUAUUCUGACGCUGAGGAUCCCGUACAACAAGGGUAUUACCUGGCCAGAUUUGGUAGUUGGGAUCGUGGCGGCGGUUUUUCUGACUGCUGGUCUAUUGCCGCCAUAUUUUGAAAUGUGGAAGAGAGAUGGCCGCGUGAUUGGGUUUAACUGGGUAUUUCUGUCAAUCGACACGCUAGGCGGGCUGUUCUCGCUUUUCGCUUUAGCCGCACAAGGGACAUUUGAUAUACUAGGUGGAAUCUUGUAUAUUCUCGUCGUCGUUCUGGAGUCAGGCAUUUAUGUCAGCCACAUAGUUUGGCGCAUUCGCUAUCGUAAAAUUCGCAAGGAGGCCAAAAUAACAGGGAGGAGCAUUGAUGACGUUUUGAACUUGCAACAAAACAAUACGCAGAUAGCAGGGGACCUCGAGUCGGGUGUACAUGAUGACUCGGGGGAGACCCUGCACCGGGAACCCACUGAACAGCGGCCACGAUCCCCUGCCGACGUGGAACGGGAAAAGACCAUUGAAAAAUGUUAA